UAAUUGGCUGGAUGUGGUACUUGGAGAUGUUGAGCUGGCUCCUUCCCCCCAUGUCCCUGCACACACACAGGGGCGGGUGGUGCGGGCGGGAGCGGGAGGCAGGGUUCAGCCCCGGCGCUGGCGGGGGUCCCCCCGCUGCCUGCCUGCCCGCCGCCGUGCCCGAGCCGCUCCUGCUGCUGGGCUGCUGCCUGCGGCCGCAGGACCCGGCCGAGCCGGCCCGAGAGGAGCGCGGGCGGCUGCUGGCGGCGGCCGAGAUGAUGGCGGAGGGCGGCGGCGGGCCGGCGCGGAGGAAGGCGCUGUCGCUGCUGGAGGCGGCCCGCUCCCGCUACGAGAGCCUGCAGAUCUCCGACGACGUCUUCGGGGAGUCGGGCCAGGACAGCAGCGGGAACCCCUUCUACAGCACCUCGGCCGACUCCCGCUCCGCCGCCUCUUCCCAGGACGAGGAGGACGACGAGGAGGACGAGGGGCCGGGCCCGCGGGGCAGGGCGGCCCGGCGCCGCGCCCCCAGGGCGGCGGCCACCCCGGCGGAGCGGCGGCGGCAGCGGCAGGGCAGCGGCGGCGGCAGCGCCGUCCCGGGCGGCCCCGGCCCUAUGGAGGAGGAGGAGGAGGAAGCGGAGAAGGGGGGCUGGACCCGGUCGCUGCGAGACGUCCCACCCCCUCACUUCAAGGAUGGCAGCGGUCCAACACGAAAAAUGCCCCUGACUGCCAGUGCCAUGGACUUUUUUCAGCUCUUUGUCCCUGACAAUGUACUAAAGAAUAUGGUGGUCCAAACCAACAUGUAUGCCAAGAAGUACCAGGAGAGGUUCGGUAGUGAUGAUGCCUGGAUUGACGUCACCCUGACGGAAAUGAAGGCCUUCUUAGGCUACAUGAUAUCAACCAGCAUCCACCACUGUGAGUCCGUUCUCAGCAUCUGGAGCAGCGGCUUCUACAGCAACAAGAGCAUUGCACUUAUCAUGACACAAUCACGGUUUGAGAAGAUCCUGAAGUACUUCCACAUUGUGGCCUUCCGCUCGAGCCAGACAACGCAUGGCCUCUACAAAAUCCAGCCUUUUCUGGACUCUCUGCAGAAUGGCUUUGACUCUGCUUUUAAACCUUCACAAGCCCAGGUACUACAUGAGCCCCUGAUUGACGAGGAUCCUGUUUUCAUUGCCACAUGCACAGAGAGGGAGCUGCGCAAGAGGAAAAAGAGGAAAUUCAGUCUCUGGGUUCGGCAGUGCUCAUCCACUGGUUUCAUCUGCCAGAUUUAUGUCCAUCUCAAAGAAGGGAGUGGUGCUGACGGGCUGGAUGCUUUGAAGAACAAACCGCAGCUUCACAGUAUGGUGGCCAAAAGCCUUUGUCAGAACGCUUCUGGGAAGAACUACAUCAUCUUCACUGGCCCAAGCAUUACCAGCCUGAAUCUCUUUGAAGAAUUUGAGAAGCAAGAGAUUUACUGCUGUGGGUUGCUGAGCACGAGGAAGAGUGACUGCACAGGCCUACCUCCGUCCAUGCUGAACAACCCUGAAACUCCCCAGUCCAGAGGACAGUACAGAAUAAGAAUGAAGGGAAAUAUGUCCUUGAUCUGCUGGUACAAUAAAGGGCACUUUCGUUUUUUGACCAACGCCUAUUCACCGGUUCAACAAGGAGUUAUAAUCAAGAGAAAAAGCGGAGAAAUUCCAUGCCCGUUGGCAGUUGAAGCCUUUGCUGCUCACCUUAGCUAUAUCUGCAAAUAUGACGACAAAUACAGCAAGUAUUUCAUUUCCCACAAACCAAACAAGACCUGGCAACAAGUAUUCUGGUUUGCCAUCAGCAUCGCUAUAAACAAUGCCUACAUCCUCUACAAAAUGUCGGAGGCCUACCAUGUGUCAAGGUAUAGCCGCGCACAGUUUGGUGAGAGACUUGUAAAGGAGCUUCUGGGCUUGGAAGACACCUCACCGUCCCAUUGAUGCAUUGUUCUUGGUGGCACAGGCAGGGGGUGGAGGGUAAGCAGAAGAAGAUACCACACCUGGAACGGCAAAGCAAGGAACUUGUGACACCACCAGUGCUGUCAUCCAAAAAUGCCAAGGGAUGCCACUAGAGAGGUGGAAACUUUGUUCCUAGUAGCAGCUGGAUGUAAACAUGUCCCGCAGAAAGUGCCACUGGAAAAGCUGAAACAAAAUUGCGUAUGUGAAUGCCCUGUGGGAAUCUGUACACCAGAAACAGACUUAUAUUAGUCGUCAUCUCAGUACUAUUUGUUGAACAGGGUCAUCUUGUAAAGUUCCUCUUGGGCUAAGAGCUUGUCAUAAGCUGACACAGCUCAGCAGUCCUAGGCGGGUAUUACAGAAAACUCUGUACCUUACUUGGAGUUACUCAAUUCUGGGACAAGCAACGUGAGUCUGCACCAUGGGCUGUGGCUGGGAGUGCCUGCCAUCCUGUACGGCAUCGCUGCUGUCCUCCCGGUGUGCUAAAUGAAGCAGUUCAGAUACACAAACACUGAAGCAAAUGUAUUGACAAACAAAACCUUCACAGGCACGCAGCCAGGGAUCGAGGACCAGUUCAGACUUUUUCUUUCUGUCCUUUUUUUUUUUCUUUUUCUUUCUUUGUUUUUAUUAAUGUAAGGCAAUUUGAUUUCAGUUAGUACACAGCAAAAUUAGGAGAAAUCAAAUAUGCUAGUGAAUUUAAAAUGGAAAUACAUUACAUUGAUUUUCUUUUUUAACGAGGAUGAAACAUUUUAUACACAAACAAACAGUGAGUAAUACUGUGAGUAUUAACAGUGAGUAAACCAGUAAGUAAUACUGCCUCACAUCUUAACUGCCACGGUUGGUGUAUAGGUGAGAAGUCAGAAUAUAACAAUUCUAGUUUUUUCUUGAUUUCAACUGUAUCUUAAAUGUUGCUUAAAAAUCUAGUGUAAUGGACUGUUAAGUUUUUAGGAACAACAGUAUCUUUCUUUUCUUUUUGUAACUGUCAAGACUUUUUUGGCACACGGUUGGCAGGAAAAAAAUAAGUCACUAAUAGCAGUGUGUUUCCCAUUAUCACUGCAGGGUGUUCGGUAGGAAUUCUUCUUGUUGGAAUUCAGGGCUUGUCACAGUAGUUGUAGUUAAGCAGAUUACAUGUUUAGCAAAAUAACAUAGCGUUGUGUUUUACAAAAGGAAAGAAGUCCAGUUGCAGCCAGACCUUAAACCUCACUAAAAUAGAGCAAGCCCAAAGCGUUCUGUUCUGAGUAACACUGUAGAGGACAAGCAUUGUCAUGAAUUGGUGUCCAAGGCUGAAAUGCCACAUUUUGGUGCUCGUGGAAUCUGAAGGCUGGUGAAGCUUUGGAAAACAGUGCUGAGAGAGAGAGGAGUCUGAUUGAAAUGGGAAGAAUUGAUGCUGAGGUGAAAUACUGCCCUGUCCUCUACACAUUAUUGAUUUCAGCCCACAACUCAAUCAGCAAAAAACUCUGUAUUCUAAAGGUUAGCAGUGAUGGACACAAAGAGAAUUGCAUUAACUUACAGGGCAGAAACAUGUUGCUCAGAGGACCAGCUGGUUUUAAGUCCCCGAGCCUGAAAACUUUUACCAAAGAGUGACUUGGGUUGAUUCAAGAGGGAUGGAGUGAGUGGGUGAGUUACUACUUUAUCAGUGUAAACUUCACCAGGUUCUGGUGUAUCUAUCUGGCGAGAGACGGUAGAAGGGUAGCUAACAUGAAUUUGAGGACUCCCCAAGUUUCAUCAUUAUGUGAUGUGCAAACGCAUAGCAUGUAAAUUGUAACAGAAGAAGGAUCCAGCAGGGGUUAGUAAAUUACUGACUAGCCCAAGGAGCAUCCUCACACUGACAUCUUUCUAUUUCCACCAAAGUCUUAUUUUUUUGGAGUAGACUUAGAGGCAGAUCUCACCUGGUUGCAGGGAGAGCAAGGGGUGGUGACCUCCAUGGUGGUUCUGCUUGCAAUACAGCCUGGCUGCUGUCCCACCCGUCCUGCUCUGCCUGCCAGCUGCACGAUGUACAGCAGUGGGCUUCCCAAGCAUCCCUUGUCACUUCUCAGUCCACAAGGUCUCCACCCAGGAAAUGUGGGAGAAAGGACAAAGCCUUGUGCACCGAGGCCUCCUAGCCUCAAAAGGAAGGGAGGAGGUUUGUGCCACUCCAGUCCUUGGCAAUGCAAAGCUGUGUAGGAGCCCAAAAAUGAGGUCAAAACUUCUUGGCCCUGCAGAGAACUGAGACCACCCCUCUUCAGAUGGAGUGUGUGUGGUAGCUGGUUCUUGUUAGUCUUGUAAGUAUUCAAAGGGGAGAGGAGCUAGUGUGAGUCAGGAAAAACAAAUGCUCAGCAAUAUAAGCCCACAGUGUCCUUUUAUUUGAGAAUUCCACAGGGGUACCUAAAGGCAAAUGGUGUUCUCGUUGCUCCCUCUCUCAGGCAAUGCCAGCCUCUAUUGCAACAGGAAGAGCAGCUACAAGUUCAUGAUGUCCUGUAAAUUUAUGCGGCAGUCAAAAUUGAGGCAGCAAGGAAACGUCUAGGCUAGAACUUUGCUGAUGGGACAGCUCGAAUGAACAGUAGCUCCUGGGAGCCCGGGUUCCUGGCAGUCCCCUGCAAUGUCAGAGCAUUGGCAAGGUGCGCAGGCCCUGAGCAGAGACGGGGAGGUUUGCAGGACUGCCUGGGACUCACCUGGCACGUCUGAGGAGCAAGCACAGCGCUCUCCAGCUCUGUCAGAGCCCCCUGAGAUAGAUCUGGAGCCCUUGGCCAAUUGUUACGUUACUCUACGUAUGCUUAAAGGCUUAGAUCUAGGCCAUCCCAUACAGAAAAUGCCUUUUCUUUUUUCAGGUGACAGUCCAAGAACUUGGAAUGUUUAAUUUUCCACUGAUAUAUGCUGUUAAUGAUAUAGAUUACUUGAGCUAAAAUGAUGAGGUCCUAGCUUUUUGCCUCAGGGACUGGGUCCUGAGUAGUUUUCCCUAGAAUUGGUGUUGAUGGGGGAUUACGCAGUGGCUGACUAUUACAGGGAAGAUGCUUUAGUCUCCUUUGUAGAGGAGAAAAAUGAAGAGAAAAUUAUAGCUUUGCAAUUAAUUUCAUUUUCUUAGCCUUAACCAUCCCUCAUCAUUUUGAACUGGUGCCCUAAACAUGCACAAACAUUCCAUAAAUAAGCAAAAAUAUUUAUAUAUAUUUAUAUGUACGAAAUGCCUGAAUUUUGGCUCUUGAAGCCAACAAGCAAAAGCCACCAAAGCAUAGUCUAUAUCCACAGAUGACUAUUCCACCUCACCUUCUCCAUUUAUUGGCUGGGAGGGGAUAGGGUUGGGGAAAGUUAAGAUUUCUCCUUGUUGGAAAAGCAUCUUGCACUUUCUCUAUGUUAGUACAAAUGAGGCAAAGUAACUAAGGAAGAAACUGAAUCGUUUUUUAAAAGGCAGAAGUUUUUUAACUGCAGCUCAGCUUCUGUAGCGUUUCCUUUACUGCAGACUGGCUUACUCAGAUUUGGUUCCCCACCUGCUUGUAACAUUAAAACUUCUCCCUAGUUAAAGGGGGGGAAAAAAAGAGGGGGUUAAUCUCAAAGUAGUGCAAGGAUGCUAGUUUUAGUGUGCAUGUGUGUGUUAAUUGUGCAAUGGCUUGUGAAAUGAUAGCAAGUUUGGGUUGUUUGGGGUGGGGUGUAGCCUUGAGACAAUCUGGUAAGAGAUCCUAAAGCUUAGCAGUAGCUAAGAUGCAGUGGAAGUGCUCAUGUCACAGAGGACCGUCUCUAAAUUUUUCCAGGGAUAAAAAAAGUUUGAAGCUGAAGUAGACAAGGGAGCAGCAGGGCACCUUUCUUUUCUGCUGAAUCGAGUUUUCAUUCACAUGUACUUCUGAAAACUGAAAAUUACUUACUUAUGGUAUGCAAACAUUUUUUCAAAGAACUGAGACCAUCAGUAAGACAUAUUGACCACCUUCUAUGCACAAUACUUCUUUCAAGAAAUACCUGCUAUGCCACAAUCCUUUCUUGGAAAACACUUCCCAGUGUGUAAUGUAACACUGACUGCGAAGUGGUUUCCGUUGCUGUUAUCUCCGUUGAAAAACGCUUCAAGGGCUUGCAGAAACUCUGCCACUUUUUUACUUCAGCCCGUUUGUGCACUUGAUACUAGUGCGCAAUGUAAAGGAAUCUCAUCUCCCUUUUCCAUUUCUGUUCUCUAGCCCCAGCCCUUCUGCAUUUACAAGGUGGUCCAGGAAUCCCCACUUAGAGCAGUCUCAGUGUCCCUAAUAGGUACAACUUUAUUUUUUCUCUAGGAACUGUCUGAAGAAAACAAUUUAGCUGCUUCCAGACUUACAUUAAGGACGACAACUCAAAACAGCAUUCCCAUCCUUUACCUCCAGCUACACUUCGGUGGCUUUAUUUUUAUGUCUGUCUUUAUUGGCUGAAGAGGUUUGUUUCCUUCUAACAUUCAUUUAGUAGUGUGUCUUGAGCUGGUGAAUAGUGAAAGAGGCCUCCAGCAUCUCCGUUCUCAGUCUUACAUGUCUUAGUUCCCUAGUCCUGGAACUGAUUUUAGUAAUGAGCAGGGAAUUACGCUGCAGUGAUAAUUCUGCGCAUCUGUGCUACCUUCCACACAAGGAUUGCAAAGUGCUAUAACAACCUCAGCACUCAUGAGACAUCAUUAGCUUCUCUUACACGAGCUUACCCUUCCCUGAUCAGACACUGAGGCACAGCACAGGUAAGGGGGUGAUGAAACUAUAGUGGAGUUCACACUCCUGCUGAGUAAAGUCCAUGUUCUGCAUUUUCAGUGACUUGGUUCUUGUUCAAAUGCUCUUUUCCAAAUUAGAAACAAGAGCAUGUGGAACAUCACUCAACCCUAAAGUAAGGACCGUGGGGCUUUGUCAGCACAGAGUCCUUACACCAUAUAGGCCAGUAUGAGUCAAAACCAAGUUGGCACUGAAGGUAAGAGAGAACUGAACAAAACAUAGCAGCCCAGCCUGCCUUGAGCUUAGAGGAGAUAAAUGAAGAAUCUGAAGCUCUGCUAUAGUCCCGUAAUCAAUGUGAAAUGCAGACAAACAGUUACUAAGACUGACUUGAGAAAAGUCACUGAGGUUUAAAUGGAAUAUGAAGUCUUCCAUCCAUCUCUGUUGUGGAGUUUGCCUUGGCACUUUCUUGUUGCUAUGACUGAUGUAAGAUCAGUUGUUUGUAAAAAAAGAGCUCAUCUCAAUCUGGUUGAGAAAACCAUUCAAGUGUCAAAGGACUGUUAGCAACAUUUUACAAAGGCGAGGAACUCCUGAGCUCAAAACAUGUAUAUAUUUGGCCUGUCAUUAACUAGGAUAUCUUGCACAGAUAGAUCACGUCAUUGUCUGCCCAAAUGCAAGCCUGUCACCAGUGCUGCUUGAUAUAUAUUCCUUCUUGUAACUGUUCUUCCCUAACCUACCUUUGUUUCCAGAAGCAUUAUGAACUGGAAAAGCCCCUGCGUCAUCAUCUCACUGCUGGGGAGCAGUUGAGAAUGUCUGUGCUUUGUAUAAAAAGAUUCUCUUCCUCUUUUUUUUGAGAGACAGCUCUGUGUCUUCAGAAAUCUAGCCCUGGAGAAGUUUCCUGCCCUACGCUUUCCUUUGCUUCCCUCGUUCCAUGCAUUUAGCGCACAUCCAAAUCAUCCCACGGGUUCUUGAUCAGUCUUGGAAGAGGUGACAACACAGAGUUGGCCUUUCAGCUUACCUUUAUCCUAUGAUUUUGCUGGUCCUUUCUGCUAUUUUGCAGCUCUCCAAUGAAACAGGGUAUUGUUUCUGAAGCCCAUACUGAUUGCAAUCACUGUGAAGGUGUUGCCUGUUUGCCGCAGUAGUGCUGUCCUGUCAGGUUCGGAGGGACCCAAACCAGGGAUCAGCAUCACCACGCUCACUGUUCUGCUCCCAUUGGAAUGGCUGUGACAUUCCUCAGCUCGAGCUUGCUGUCAAAGAGGGGCCUUUGACAUGGUCUGGGGAGUUCUUUGGUGUGUUUGGGGGAUUAUUUUUGUUUGUUUGUUUGUUUUUGAACUCUUCCACACUGAUGGGUCUGGUGAACAGGUGUUAGGUAUCACAAAAAGGCCUUAAGUGGUGAAUCCCUUUUGUAUCGCUCUUCUGAAGUAAUAAUUGCUUGCAUUAGAUGUCAAGGUGGUCCACAUGAUGUGUAGUGCAAAAAUCUUACCCAUGAAAACAUCACUCUGCAAAAGUGCUCGUUUGAUUUAACUGCAACAUCCCUCGAAUGCAUGGGGGACCUGGUUGGAGAACCUAGUGGGAAAGGACUGUAAUGCCAUGUUUUAGGCCCGAUUGGGUAAACAAAGAGGGGAGAGACGAGGGCAAUUUGGGAUCCAGGCUCUUUGGGUCAAGCUAGUCUUGUAUGUUUUGCUAGGGAAGGGAAAAUGCCAGGCCCAUACAGUUUGCUCCCAGCCCUGGCGACUCAAUCUCUAAAAUAAAGCAGCUGGCAAAUGCUUUCACUCUUCAAGUAUUCACUAGUUACCAAAAAAACCCCCACCAUUUUUGCACCAAAAAGCAAGGCCAAAUACACUAGGUUCAUCUGUCCAGAACCCCAACCCGCUUGGUGUCAAACUGACUUUGUGGUCUUGUUCUCCGGUUAAUCUGUGUAUGCAAAACAUGAGUGCUGAACGACUCGCACCUCUCUAUGAAACAGUUACUCAUUUGAUGGAAAAAAAAUUGCAGGUCUCUUGGACUUACUUUUGCCACCGGGAUUUUUGUAAUAGUUAUAAGCCAAAUUUUUGCCUGGCAUUUCAGUACUGAAAUUAAAAAUAACUUGACCCCCGCGGUCUGGGGUGAGAUUAGAGAUAGCAAAACUCACGUUUAUGCCAGAGAUUAAUCUGAUCCGUGUAGGUGAGGCUAAUCGGCUCAGUCUGACACAAAGAGGAGUUUAAGGAGAACAGCAGGUUUGAGGAGGCAGAGGGGAGCUCAGAGGUUGGGCAUGCAGAGGGAGAGGAGCCAGGUGCUCCCUUCCAACUUUCAUCUUUCCAGCAUGUGGACACCCCCAUCCCCUGAUGCCUUUGUAUUAAAAAGGCUGACGUUUAAUACAACCAGUCCACAUAGCUGCUUUAGCAACAUAACCCCUGCUUUAGCUGCAUGGCUGGCCUCACUCCAUGCCUUUCCUUAUGCUCUACGCGUUCAGUAGUCGCCAACCUUGGAGUCAAAGCACUGCUGCCUGUCCGCACGGCGGGGGAGCGACAGUCAGGGGAAGCGCCACAGUAGAAACGGGAAUUAUGGGAAUUCUCGAGAAGGAAUCUCCCCCUCUAUGUCUCAUUUUCAUUUCAGUAUGUGCAACGUGCAUUCCAUCAAAUGCAGUGACAGUUCCAAACACGAAGAUGGGCUUUAGCUGGCUCAGUACUUUCAAGACGACUCCAUCGGGCUGUGCUCACAGCAUCAGCGACUGCAGUUCUGUUGCAAAGUUCCAUAUUCUUUAGAAUUAAAAAAAAAUUUCCAUUGAAAGUGUAAAUUCCAGAGGUAAAGCAUACACUGCAAUUGCUUUUUUUUUUUUUUUUUUUAACUUCUCAGAGCAAUUUUGUAACAGCCAAGUCUUUCAAGAAACGCAGGUGUGUGACCCUCUUUGUGGCAAGAGAUACACAACUGUGUUUCUGCAUGGGACAGGGAACUACUUUUGUGACACCGGUUUUGUUCUACACAAAGGCACGCUUGCAAUAAAUUUUUACAAGUUUUGUACACCAUGAGCUAAAUUCUGAGUUCCAAAAAAUGUGAAGUGUGGCAACAAUAACAAAAUGGAUUUAUAGUAUCACUCUGAUAUCUUGUCAUGUGAUUUUAUUUCUUCAACAAAGUUUGUUUACAAUCAACAACUUUGAAAUACAGUCAGAUAUAUUACC